AUGUUUUUCCUUUGGGUCACUUUUUAUGUCAAGACCAUGUUGCAAAGAUUCAAACCAACUAUUGAAAGCAGUUGUACUAAGGAACAAAUCAAAAUCAUCACUGGUCCAAAAAAGAAAUUCAAGCUUGAUGUUAAUUUAGACUCUGUUGCAAUUGUUAUUAGAUUGCCUCGACAAGUUGAUGUUAUGAUUGAACUUGAUACAGCUAGAUUGAAGAAUGUUUUAGUAUUGAAAUCAGCGGCUAUUAGAAACGCAAGAUUGUAUGUUGUUGAUCCAGGCACUAAAUUAUGGGCUAGAAUGUUGAUCAUCAAAGAUCCUAAAUUUAGUCUUGAUUUAGCCAAGUCCAUUCACGAAGCAUCAUUUGAUAUUGUCAUGAGAUCAUUUAGAAUUAGUGUUCCUAAUAGAUUUAAAUUCUACACUGUCAUUGAUAAUUUCAUUACGUUUUUCAAGAGUAUCAAACAGCUUAAAUCCAACUUUAAAUACUUCAAUUGGGGUAUAGAAGAAUUUGAAAGACUUUUCCCUAAGGAAAGAGCACCCUUGAUAUUCCCUCAUAUUCACAUCAAGACUCAAGUUUUAGGAUUAGAAUUAGAAACUGAUGCUUUUGAAAAUGAAUUAGCCAUGAUUUAUGAAUUGGGUAAAAUUGAACAAAAGGAAAGACUUCAAAAAUGGAAAGCUUUUGAAAAACAAGCCGAAGAGAUUCGAGCAGGUGCCACUGGUGAUAUUGAAUCACAAAUUGAAUUGUCCGACGUUCCUGCUCCUAUUCCUGAUUUUGCUCCUGGUAGAGACCGAUCGAAUUCUGCAUUGCAUAGAUUUACCAGAAGUUUAUCCCCUGCUAGUACUGAGCGUCAUGGUAGAGGUAGAACUGAUUCCAUAUUAUCAAGAGUGCAUAGUCCAUUAAGAAGUAAAUCACCAGAUAGCAGUCAUAAAUCGAGUGGUGCCUCGAUCUUGAAGGAUAAGAUAUUUAGAAGAAGAAGAGGCGAUGAUGUGGAAACUAUUGAUGAAAGUACUGAUCAAUUUAUUCCAUCAUCAGAUACUUAUACCAAAUCAGAAGCUGAAGCUAGAAUUGAAGCUGCUAGGCAAAGAUUAUAUAUUAAUUUCAGUACUGUUUGGCAUAAAAAGUAUAAGAUUUUCCGAGACGCCAAAACUCGUAUUUGGAAAGAUCGUGCUGAGAAUAUCUGGGGUGCGAAUGAUGUUAGUGAUAUUAUGAAGCAGAAAUUUGACAUUGUUGAAUUUAAUCAUGGUCCUCCAUUAACUGGAGCACUUUUCCGUGAUGUUGAUUUAAUCUUAGAUAAAUCAAGUAUCAAAGAUGUUGAUAAAUUCUUGUAUGAUUAUGCUAAACAUCAACCGAAGUUGGUUUAUUCUAUUUUAGUUCCAUUAUAUAUUGAAAUCAAAGCUACCAAGUUCUAUAUGAUUUUGAAGGAUUAUCCAUUACCUGUUGCUUCGUUCCCAAGAAGUAUUGAUCCAUCAAAACCAACUGUUCAUAUCAAGACAAAUUUGGUGAUUCAUGAACAAUUAUAUCACCGUCAAGAGGAAUUGAGAUAUAUUUAUGUUCCAUUCUCACCGGCAGUUCCAGAUAAUGGAAAUUCCGAUAAUUUCUAUUCGGUUUAUAUACCAAGAACUUUACAACCCGUUAAAUUUGCUGCUGAUUUAGUAUGUGAUUUGAAUACCGACCGUGCAUGUUCAAUAAGUUGGUGUAAAGCUUACCAACCAGCAUUUUCGGCCAUGGGAAUGGCAUUCCAUAAUUUUUCCAAACCUGCUAUUGAUGAUAGUCCAAUUGGAUGGUGGGAUAAAAUGCCAUUGAUGUUACAUGGUAAAGUUCAAUUUAAUAUUGCCAAUGAAUUAUGUUUACAUAUGAAGAGUGGUAGGGAUCCCCAUGAAUUAGUUGGUAAAAGUGCUGGGUUUGUUUUUUGUUGGAAGAACAAUGUCACGUUGAAAAUCGAUGGUACUAUAAAUAGUAAAGAUUUGGUUACUAUCACAAGUGACGAUUUUGUUUUUGCUAUUCCUAAUUAUUCCAUUGAGGAGAAGAACAUUUGGAGUUUGUUUUAUGAUGAUCUUGAUGAUCCUUCAGCUGAUGUUGAUUUAGAAGCUAAGAAAUUCAAUAAACAAGUCAUCAAAUUGAGUUCAAGUGAAAAAGUUAAAUGGACUUUGGGCAUGUUAUUUGAAAGAAAUAAGCAUCCAACAAAGAAUUUCUCCGAUCAAGAAUUACGAGUUAAUGAAUUCAAACCUCAUUAUGAAGUUCAAAUCACCAAUCCUAUUAAUGAAUAUCACCCUGAUUCAUAUGAAGGUUAUAGAUCAGAUUAUGUUCACAUGGCGUUAUCCGUCAUUUCAAGAUCAGAUAAAGUUGGUGGAGCUCAUAAUGCUGCUUAUUUCACACCAUUAGCAUUUCAUCAUUUCUUUUAUUGGUGGGAUAGUCUUGCACAUUAUUCGCCACCUCCAGUCAAGAGAGGUAAAUUAUUUAGUCAAGAUGCUGUCAAGAAACCAAAGAUUAAAUUCAGUCCUCAUUUAUUCACCAUGAAGUAUCAAUUGAUCUUUAAUCCUGUGACUAUUUGUCAUUUGUACAUGCAUUCUACAACUAAUCUUCCUACCAAGAAAAGUAAGACUGCUUUUACUGGUUUGAAAGGUAAAUUUGAUAUUUGUGAAAUUGAUCUUCAUCAAAGGAAAGAAUGGGUUACUCAUGAAAAUAAGAAGUUGAAUAGAACCACUAAAACCAGACACUUGAAGAUGUAUCAAGCUGAAGUUAAUGUAGAAAAUGCUGAUGUUCGUGUGGUUAAUGCAUUAUUUCGUGAUACAUCAAUUAGUGGGAAAUUAAUGAGUUAUUUAAAUAGCGGAGAAACUUCAAGUCUGGAUGUAUCUACCAAUUAUUCAUCUGAAAAUUCAAAUAUGGUUCCAGCCAAUUUCCUGAAAUGGAUUGAUAGUGUUGAUGUGCCAGAUGGUGAUUUUUCAUGGGUUGAUCCUCAAGAUUUUGUUGAAUUAGAAGUUCGUGAACCAUUAUCACCAUAUCCAAAAUUAAAAGUUUUACCAUUUUUCCAUUCACCUAAAUUCAGUUAUUAUAGAGAAUUUACAUUACAAAAGGAAGGACCAUUCCCAUUUGGCAAUGAACCAAUUCAUGAUUGUAUUAUGGAUUUGGACAAGCCUGCCGCUGUUCAAAGUAGAAUCUUAUUAGAUAGACUUAAUGCUUUGGAUGACGAUUUGAAAGCAGCAAAUGAAAAAUUAAGAAGAUACAAGAUUCAAAAUGGUCCUGAAUAUCAAGAAGAUAUUGAAAAUACCGAAUUGGAGAUUAAAACUUUAAAGGAAAAGAUUGAUGUUGUAAACAAUGCUUAUAACAAUUUAUCAGAUGAUGGAUAUGACAGUGGUGGUGGAUCGGAUCAUGAAGAUGGUACAAGUUCAUUACUGAGAACAAGUACUAAAUUAUCAGCCUACACUAGCCAUUUAACUCAAAGUGAAUUAGCUGAAGCAUCUGCUUAUACCUCAGUGGCUGAAUUCCAUAAUAGAUUUAUCAUUCAUAACUUGCAGUUGAAAUGGGAUGAUGAUAUUAGUAAAUAUUUCACCAGUUAUUUACAUAGAGUUGGUGAAAGAAAGAAUCAUAUUUAUUAUAUGACCAAAUAUGCUGUUGAUUUAGUUGAAAGAGUCAUUAAUGAAGAUGAAUCAGUCACUGAACCAGUUAAUAUCAAGAAACAUGUAUUCAACAAAGAGUUCAAACAUGAUGAAAAAAUUAUUGAAUGUUUUGAAGAUAAUUUAGAUGAUGUUGCUAAUUCAGAUGAAGAAGCUGCUGAAUAUAAAUAUUUGGUUAAAUUAAUUCAUCCACAAUUCCAAAUGAUGUCUAAGAAAGUACCUGAUGCUUGUGUUGUGUUAACUGCAAGGGAUUUGGAAUUGCGCAUUGUUGAUAUCAAUUUGAAGGAAAGAAUGAAUAUCUUGUCGGAUAAUAAUGAGAUGACUGCAAGAAUUGAAAGAAGAAAUGGUGUUCUUUUCCGCGAUGAACAAUUGUUUGUUUUGAAUAAAGUUGAUGUUAUUAGUAAAUCCAAUUCGAAAUUUGCCAAGAAUGGUUAUAUGUCAGAUGAGAAUAGAUGGCCACCGUGGUUUGAAUGUGAAGUUUGUUAUGAUGGGUCUUGGGCUCAUGAAUAUUUAAUUUCUGAAAGAAACACCAUUGCUGUUAUAAGUAAGACUCCAAAUAAGAUGUUCUUAAACUCCAAGAAUAUUGAACAAGGAAAUGAAGUUGUGAUUUAUCUUUCGAAAUAUGUGAUCAAUGCCACUUCAGCUCAAUAUUCCACUAUUUAUUUUGUUGUUACUACUUUACUACUUGGUGGUAAGGAUAAAAAGAAUGAAAAAGAAGAUCGUUUACAAAAAUUGGUUUCCUUAGCAGAUGCUUCUGAUUUUGAAGGGUUGGAUCUUCGUGUCAAGAAUUUGCAACAAAAUAUUCGUUCUUAUAGGGAGUUGUUGUUCAGUUUCGAUCAAAGAGGUGCCAAUUUGAAUGAUAAUGAAAAGAAAUAUUUGCAUGUUCUUGAAUUAGAAAUGGAAAGACUGAAAUUGGAGCUUUUAUUGAUUAUGAAAACUUUACAAUCAAGAAUUAAAGCAUCUUCUAAAGUUACAUCAAAAUCAUAUGAAAUAUUAGCUGAUCAAGUUAUCUGGCAUAUGUUGGAUGAUGAUAGAGAACCAUUUGUUGAUUUUGCAUUGGCAAAUACUAAAUAUGUGAAAGAUGAUGGAAUUGAUGGUACUAAAUUCAAUAGAGUUGAAAUUGGUAUGGUUCAAGGAUUUAAUUUACUGAAGAAAGCAUUAUAUCCACAAAUAUUAGCACCCAAAAUUACAGCUGAACAAGAAAAAUUAGAAAGUUGUAAGAAAGAGAAACCUGUUAUCACAGCAACUUGGACUACUUUGGAUGAUGUUGGAGGAAUUGGUAUUAUCAAAGAUGCUAAAUUAGAAAUCAGUCCAUUACAAAUUGAAAUAGAUUAUGCAACUGCGAAGAAACUUCAAAAUUAUUUGUUUCCAAAGGAUGAUAAUGAAGAAGAAGAUGAUGACGGUAAUAGUGAUAGUGAUUCAGAUGAUGAAUCGCUGUCUCUUAUACUAGCUGAAGGAGCAAGUAUAAUGUCGAAUGGAUCUUCUGGUUCACAUACUUCGAAGAAUCCUUUAAAGAGACUCAUGUCAAGAAGAAAUGGAAGCAAGUCAUCAUCAUCUAAUGGAUCAAGGGGUAUUUCCCAUGGUGGUAAAUCAUCGUCAUCUAAUGGAUCUAGAGCUAUUUCACAACCAUCGUCAGCAAGUAAUGGUAGAAUUCCAAAUGGUACAAUGAGUCCUAGAAGUUCAAGUAGUUCAUUCAGAUCAAAUGAUGAGUCCAGUUUUGCUGAUGGUAUUCGAUAUGCAACUCAUAAAAUCCAUCAUCCACAUCUUCACAGAUCUAAACAAGAAGAAGAAGAGCAAUUGGAAGAUGAUCUUGGUGUAAUUAUUGCCAGGUCUAUCAAGUAUAAAUCUAUUAUUGAUAUUGAAGUUGAAGCAUUUCAAUUGAUUAUUAGUUUUUCAGCACCUAAAGCAUUGCAUUUGUUGGAUGUUCAUCGAUUGGUCUUAAAUAUGCCAGCAUUGAGAUAUAGUCAUAAGAUUUGGUCAGCACAAGAAUUCACUGAAAGAUUGAAGAAAGAUACUGUUAAAGUCAUUUUGCAACAUACUGGUAAGAUUUUGGGUAAUAAGAUUAUCAAACCAAAGAAACUGAAGAAUAAAGACGUAAGAGAACCUUUAAAACAAAUUUCAAGUUAUUCGAAAUUUAUGACAUUGAAUGAUUUACAAGAACUGGGUAGAGCAAGAGAUAGUUCUACAAUUGAUCAUGAAGUUCAUAAAAAACCGCCAUCUGAAUCACCAAUUCGUCGUCAUCUUCAUCAUCAUCAUCAUCAUCACCACAAUGAUCAAGAUGAUCAGUCAUCACAAAGGAGAAAAUCUAUUAGUAGUAAAUUACCAAGUAUUUCAAAAGUUCUAUCAAGAGCAAGUGGACAUCAUCCUGAAGAUAGUGAUCAAUAUGAUACUAAUGGUUCUUCGACUGUAGUUACUACAGAUGAUGGACCAACUGAUAAUGAAGGUACUUAUGCGAAAUAUUUGGACGCCGUUGACGAUUAG